CCCCCUGCCCCUGGGUCGCUCUUUUUAAGCUCCCCUGAGCCGGGGCUGCGCUCCUCUAAUUGGGACUCCGAGCCUGGGCUAUUUCUGGCCCUGGCGCGGCUCCAAGAAGGCAUCCGCAUUUGCUACCAGCGGCGGCGGCGGCGGAGCCAGGCCGGUCCUCAGCGCCCAGCACCGUCGCUCCCGGCAGCCCGGAGCGCGCACCGCAGGCCGGCGGCCGAGCUCGCGCCCCUAGUCCCGCCGGCCGACCUGCAACCGCCGGGCGCAGACACUUGCAGAGUCACCCUGGGCCCCGGGUCUGCAACAGGGACGACAGGGACUUUACCAGCCCCCAGACGGCAUCCCAGCCGUCGCUCCUCCACCUGCUCUGCCGACAAGGGAAGAUGAGCGAGUCGAGCUCGAAGUCCAGCCAGCCCUUGGCCUCCAAGCAGGAAAAGGACGGCACUGAGAAGCGAGGGCGGGGCAGGCCGCGCAAGCAGCCUCCGGUGAGUCCUGGGACGGCGCUGGUAGGGAGUCAGAAGGAGCCCAGCGAAGUGCCAACACCUAAGAGACCUCGGGGCCGACCGAAGGGGAGCAAAAACAAGGGCGCUGCCAAGACCCGGAAAACCACCACAACUCCAGGGAGGAAACCAAGGGGCAGACCCAAAAAACUGGAGAAGGAGGAAGAGGAGGGCAUCUCGCAGGAGUCCUCAGAGGAGGAGCAGUGACCGUGCCGUGCCGCCCGCUCCCUCACCGAGGAGCAGUUUCCUUCUGGGACUGGACAGCUCCGCUCCGCUCCCACUGCCCCCACCCCUUCCCCCAGGCUCUCGUGUCACCGCCACCCACCUGCGCCCUCACCACCACACUACACAGCACACCAGCCGUCGCCGCAGGGCCCCCGGGGCCCCGAGUCGG